CCUGAGUCAGCCAGGUGGCCAGGUGUACUCGCAACCCAGCUGAGCACCAGGCAGUUUAGGGCCAGCGCCCCGCCCCUGUCGUCAUGGUUACGAGCCCGCGUCCGCACCCCUUCGCCGUUCUCGCGAUAACCCGGAAACAACGCACUGCCCCCGUCCGGGCGCUGCCUCACUUCCGGGCGCCGGUCAACUUCCGGGCACCGUCCUCCUCCGAACGCCUCACUUCCGCGCGCGCCUCCCUUCCGGCUCCUCGGGCGCGGACGCCCGGCCCGGAAGCUGCCGGCGCGGUGCCCGCGGGGAGAGGGCGCCCGCGAAUGAGCACGGCCUCCGCCUGGCGCCCCCGCCAUGGCCGCUCCGUGGACGGGCGCGCUUCUGCUGCUGCUGGCGUCGCAGGCCGUCUCCUCGGCGCAGGCCUCGGACGAGGAGGAGGUGCCCGAGGGCUGGGUCCUCCUGCACGUCGUGCAGGGUCAGGUGGGAGCCGGGAACUACAGCUACCUGAGGCUAAACCACGAGGGCAAGAUCGUCCUCAGGAUGCGCAGCCUGCGGGGCGACGCGGACCUGUACGUGUCCGACAGCACCCUGCACCCCAGCUUCGACGAGUACGAGCUGCAGUCGGCCACGUGCGGCGCCGACGCCGUCUCCAUCCCCGCGCACUUCCGGCGCCCCGUGGGCAUCGGUGUCUACGGGCACCCGUCCCACCUGGAGAGCGCGUUCGAGAUGAAGGUCUACUACGACGCGACGCUCGAGCCGCACCCGUUCGGUGAGACCGCCUAUUCGGACGGUCCUGAUGCGAGUCGCAAGCACGCCUAUGCCCCGGAAGACGCGUCUCAGGAGGAGGAGUCUGUGCUCUGGACGAUAUUAAUCAGUAUUCUGAAGUUGGUACUCGAGAUUCUUUUUUGACUCGCUUAGCAUACUGUCGGGUAUAAUACUCAAAUCUGCGAAGCCGAGUGCGCUUCGCUGUGAACCGAGCUCUGACCUGGUCGGCAUUCUGGUUACCUUUUCUGGGUGGGGGAUAAAAGGAUAAAGCCAUACUGUUUGGUUACCUCAGUCACUCCGAAAGUACGCAAAGCAGCAAGCACGUGUUUUCUUUUAAUAAAGCAUCAAAAUUCCUGUAAAAGGAAUAUGCACAAUAAAAUGCUUAAACCCCA